GAUCUUCCACCUUAUUUUAUCGUUCACACACCCUUUGCCAUUGAGUGCGUCGAGUCUCUUCUUAUUCCAGCAUCUGCACCAUUUUCAUCUGCAUUAGCAAAUAUGGCACCCUACACAGAGCUCGCUAUCGCCUCCGCUCUGGCCGGCUUGCUCUCGCACAACCUGAUCUUCAUCCGGGACGAGCACCACCUGCGAGCACCAAAAUAUGUGCAGCUUGGCUGUCUGCUAUUUUUCGUCGGCCUGGCGCUGCGUGCUCGAUAUGGCGAGGGACAUGCGCUGAAGGAGACGAGCCUUGCGGCAGCAUCCUUCCUCAGCGCCCUCUUCGCGAGCAUGACUGUUUACCGGCUGGCCUUUCAUCCGCUACGAUCCUUCCCUGGCCCGCUCAUGUGGAGGAUCUCGAAGCUGUGGCACGUCUUCAGGGUUGCGCCAAGUCAGCAGAACUAUCUGCUGCUUGACAAGCUCUACCACGAAUAUGGACCCUUUGUCCGCACAGGUCCUGGUGAGUUGACGGUCUUCCAUCCUCAGGUAUUCGAGGCCAUUGGAGGUACGGGGACCACGUGCAUUAAGGCACCGUGGUAUGACAUGCUGUAUCCUAUGGUCGCAAUCAAUUCGGUGCGCGAAAAGGCAGGCUACGCACCGAGACGGAGAGUUUGGAACACUGCGCUCAGUGUCAAGGCUGUCCAUGACGAGAAGAAUAUUGUACUGCGCGCUUUGUACAAGAUGGGCGAGGCCUUUCAGGAGCGUCAAGGCCAGCCACUCAACGUUACCGAAUGGAUGUCAUACUUCACGACUGAUACCAUGGGUGAGCUGGCUUUUAAUAAACCGUUUGGCAUGCUGGAUAAGCAUGAAUGGUCUGG